AUGGAAGAAAACACGAAUAUGGGAAAAACGGCAAAUAUGGGAAAAACGCAAAUAUGGGAAAAACGCAAAUAUGGGGAAAAAUGCAAAUAUGGAGAAAAACGGAAAUAUGUGGAAAACGCAAAUAAAUAUGGGAAAAACGCAAAUAAAUAUGGUAAAGACGCUAAUAAAUAUGUGAAAAACCAAAAUAAAUAUGGGAAAAACGCAAAUAUGGGAAAAACGCAAAUAUGGGAAAAACGCAAAUAUGGAAAAAACGCAACUAUGGGAAAAACGAAAAUAUGGGAAAAACGCAAAUAUAGGAAAAACGCAAAUAUGGCAAAUGCAAAUAUGGGAAAAACGCAAAUAUGGGAGAAACGCAAAUAUGGGAAAUGCAAGUAUGGGAAAAUCGCAAGUAUGGCAAAUUCGCAAAUAUUGGAAAAUUGGAUAUAUGGGAAAAUCGCAAAUACCAGAAAUUAG